CUUGAAUCUCAACGAGAUUGCUGCCCACUUCAGUGCAAAUGCAGGCAAUAAGUCUGUGCUUCAGCAGAACAUUGUAAUGAAGCUUGACAUCGACGUCUAUGUGAAUGAUCGUAUCGUCGACACCGUUUUUACCAUAGCAGUCGAUCCUAUGUAUGACAACUUUCUCGCAGCCGUCAAGGACGCGAUGAAUACUGGUGUCCGUGAAGCGGGAAUUGAUGUUUGCCUUGGCGAGCUAGGUGGGCUCAUCCAGGAGGCCAUGAACAGCUAUUAAUGUGAGAUAAACGGGAAUACCU